AUGCAGAUCUUCACCAUCAAACCCUUCUCUGAUGGCUGUGGUUCUUCUUCAGGGAGCUCAUCGGUAGGAACAGAUGAUAUCUCAGGCUACCUUUAUUUUCAAUACAACGAGCUUGAAAAGCCGCACGAGAGGCACCCACUGACUGCAAAGAUUGAGCUACUGGCUGAGCAGCACAGUGGCUUGCAUAGUCUGACAAGUUCAGAUCUCUCUCCAGAUAGCUGGUUGUCCAUAGCCUGGUAUCCCAUUUAUCAAAUUCCAUCAGUGAAAAGCAUGAAGAAGGAGUUAUCCGCUGCGUUCCUAACGUACCAUAAAUUGAAACCAGACUUUCCAGAAACAUUUGUUGAGGAUGAUAAGAAGCUGAAAGGGCAUGGGAAGUCAAGUAAAGAAGAAGUUGUGCUUCCUCCAUCUGGAGCAGUGACUUACAAAGCCGGUGGUGACGUGUGGAACAUGCCUGGGACAUCAGAUCAUGAUGAUAGAGAUAGGCAUGAAAAAGCUGCUUCCUCGUGGGUGGAAAAACUCGGCUUCACUCACAGUGAUUACAUGUUCUUUUUCAGAUGCAAUUUAUACUACCAUCCUUGGUGA